CGCAUGCGUCGAAUGGCCAGCUGAGAGUUGAGCGUCUGGCGGAAUUACGCGAGUGAGUGGGAGUGGGCGACCGAGUGAGGUAUUAAGUAAAUAUUUACGUGAUGUUUUUCGUUUAUUGAUCUUCUGCACUCGUGUACGAUCCAGCAAGAACAAGGGCUGUAUCAUGAUGACAGGGAGAGGAGGGCUGGCUACAGCAUCCAGUGGUAACACCUUAGGAGGCUCUGGCUCUGUACCCGGAGAUCACAGUAACCAGCCUAUGGAUUUGGCCCAGAAGACUUCAUCCAGACCUAUGGAAGGUAGUGGAGUCAUGAAGAGUGGAGGUGCAACGCUAGUCCAUUACAAUACUGGAGUUGCUCAGAUCCUGACAACAAGUGGGGCACCUUCACAUGUUGUAACAGCUAAGUCUGUUUGCCGUACUGAAAGCAUGGGUGUAGGUGGACAAACUGUCACAUUAGUAUCCCGCACUUCUGCCAAUCCAGCAGCUCUCAAUUUAGCUUCCUCUGGAACUGGUGGUGGUACUGGCCCUUCAGUUAGAACAGUGUCCCAUCCUCCAGGGUCAGGUGCCUCCAAUGUUGCUGUUACUUCAUCAUCUCCAGCCCACCUUACUUCUUACCAUAUCCCCAGAGGAGCAGCAGCCGUUGCAAAUAUGGCUGCUCCAAGGUCCCAGGUUGUUGCAACGCCUAUAAUGCGGACAACUGGACAGCCAGUCGGACAGCCAUCAACUGGUACAGGACCACGUGGUAGUGUUGUAAGCCAGCGAGUUGUCCCAGCAUCAAGCAAUAGCGGGUGGGGUCGUGGUGCUCCAACCCCUGCACACACAGGGAAGGUAUCUGGGCCCCCCAUGCAUCCAGGAGUUCCUGGGACAAGUUUGAGUCUAAGUGUACCAAGAGGAUCUGUCCCUGUGCAGCGUGCUGGUCAACCUGGGGGUUCAAUUACAACCUACCAUGCUGGUGUACGAUCAGGAAACAUGGCUAGUGGCUCAGUACGGGGACAAGUCCCAACUACAAUGAGAGGAGGAAUGGUUUCUAGUGACCCUCCAAGAGUCUCUUCAAGUUCCAAAGCUGUGCACAUAACUCAGCCAAUAGUCCAACCUCAGAAAUACAGUGGAAACAUGACAGGUGUCAUUGGAAGUGUGACUCGGGGAGUCCCAACUGGGCCAGGUGUGACAGCAGGAUCCACUGGUACUUUGUAUAGUCAGGGCAAUCCUAUGGUUACUACAGUAGCAGGACCAGCAGUUAAUGCCCAAAGUGCCAUGAGAACUCCAGCUCCUCCCACUAUUUCUGUCAGAAUCACUACAGCUCCUGUUGUACCAAGUGAUACAUCAUCAUCACAGGUGACUUCACAGGCUGUCACUAAUAUUGGUGCAUUAGCCAUGACAACUCCUUCGGGAACUACUGGUACCAUUUUACCUCAUCCCACAAUGCAGCGAACACCGCAAGAGCACCAUGUACCUCUCAAAACCCCAAUUGUUCGAACGCCAGUUGCACCCCAUCAUAGCACUAAAGCUGGAGUACAAACACAGACUCUUGCCUUUCCUGAUGGGCCAAAGGUCAUAACACAACCAGCACAAGGGCCACCAUUAGCAUUAACUCAAAUAUCUGGUUUAGCCAGCGUUCCUACACAGAAGGCGCAAGUCAGUGCCCAUAGUGUGCAGCAUCCUCAAGCAGCAAGUGUUCAGCACAGACCUGGAGGUAGUGUUGUGGGUAGUAAUGUAGGUAGGGUUAUGGGAGGACCCACUAUACCUGUGGCUAAAGUAAUGCCACAGCAAGCGUCCAGCCAAAGUCAAGGUCCUGUAUCAGUAGCAGCCUCACCCAGAGUCUCUCAUGGCCAAGUUCGUGCACAGUCUCCCGGUCAAGCAGUAGAACCACAGCCUGCCCACACAAGUGUUUUCUUGCAGCGGACCCAUCCAGGCUCUGGAGUGACUGUGACAAGUGGGGUUCCUGUUACUCAAGGAGAAAGAGUUGUCACUACAAUGUCUCAGUAUAGUAUUGGUCCGCAGUUUUAUUAUGAACAAAGCCAAAAUGCAUAUCAGUAUGUCCCAACAAGUGUACAGGGAGCACCAUUAAGAGUGGCACCCAGUGCUGCAAAUGCCGCUGUUGGAGGAGGAGUUAGUGGUUCAGUUCAAGGUGGAGAAUGUCCUCCAUCUCAAGGUACGAUACCUGCCCCUUCAGCUAAACCUAAUGCAUCACCAAGACCAUCAAUUCUGCGCAAGAGACCAGAUAAUGAUGGAACACCAUUGAAGGCUGUCAAGAACUUGACUUCAACCCUCUCACUUCCGAUGCCAUCUCCACCAUCUCCGAAACGUCCAGAUUCUAGAGGGAAUGGUAAUGCAUCAUCAGGGUCAACCACAAUAUCUGCCAACUCAUCACCAGACUCAUCCUUAUCAGGGUUGCAAAUUGAAGAAAUGGAUGGAAGCAGCAACAAUCCUCCUGGGGGUGGAGGUGGGGGUGGUGUUCACACGCCACCAAACCUGAAACAAGAGCCACCAGAAGAUGCAACAAUUGUUUUACCAAGACCUCCAGUUACUGUGUCUACAGUAGAUGGAGCCAAUGCUCUUCCCACAACCCUUACAGUUCCACAACCACAUCUAACAGGAGCUGGUUCAUUAGGGUCAGGACAGGUCCUGCCUGAUGGCAUUUCACCAAGAAAGAAACCAAGAAAGCAACAAUUAAUGGGCAAUGAACUCCAGGAGGCACGUUCUAGUGAAGAUGACAUGGACCAUCACACUGUUAAAAAAUUCAAGAGGGACAUGGCUGAAGAUCAUCAUGAUGUGGAAGGGACUGAUGAAGAAGGUGAAGGGUGGUCAGAACCUGGUGGUGGAGGAAGUAGCAUUGGCAGCUGUGGUAAUGGAAACAAUGCUGUCAGCACCACUGUUGUUAUAACAAAUCGUCCAUCCAUGUCCUUACUGAAUAGUUUCCGACAAACUUGGAAACCACGUCAUAAUCAUUUUAUCCGCCAUACUGAUGUUAAGCCCAAGGACGAAAAGAGAAUGACUGUCAAUGAGAUAGCAAAUCAAAAGAUGGCCUUACAGCGGGUUAAUGGAUGGAAGGUGGUUCAUUUAUCUGGUCAAGUAGAUGAUUUGGUAGACUUGGAGGGAGAAGUAGUUGAACGUUUCCAUAUGCUUCUCACGUCGCUAGAGAAACGUACUCAUCCACGAAAACCUUACAAGGAUUUUGAGAAAGAUGUAAAUAGACUCUCAGAGUUAGUAAAAGCCAAUAUUCAGAGAUCAAAAAUUAUCAAAGAUCAGAUGAUUGAGGCAAGAUCGCAGAUGCAUAAAUUGUUUGAUCACAAAGGUAAGAUUGUUGAUAUCAUGACAAAGUACAGUUGUAAAAGAAGUGUUCGUAAGAAAGAAAAAAGCUAGGGGCAGUGAAUUUUCAGUGUUCACUGAUAUCUCAUUUUAUGUUUUUAAUACAGAAGUAAUGAAGUUUGUGUCAAUAAGAUUCUUAAACUAUUUACUCAAGGAAGUAUGAUGACAUGACAGGGAGAAGUCAGAUUGGUGCUAUGUUAAUUGUUGUGCCUCAGAACUUUACAUUAUUAAUUGUCUUUGUGAAAAAGACAUGAAUUGGUUAAGAUACAAAGAUUAGAUUAUAGUUCUCUUCAGUAUCCUGACACAAGAGCCUUUGUAUGGCUACGGAAGUUUUCGACCUGUUAAUGUCUCGUGACUUCGUGAAGUUAAACUUUCAGAGAUCCAAGAUAUUUUUAUACCCUUCAUUUUAAUUUAAUAAUCCAAAGGUAGAUGCAUUUUUGUAAACAGAUGCCAUAGCAGUGGAAAGACUUGUCUGUCCAAAGACAUGUAGUCACCACAUGUGAACUUCCAGUUUAAGUACAAUUUUGUUGUAUAUAAAAUAUACUAACAGAUUUAUUUGUUUGCUGUGCAAACUAAAUUAGUGUUGAAGAUGAUAUCUUGAUUAUUGUUAUCAGAGAUUUACUUUGCAAUCCUUUGUCACAUUUCCAUUGGAACUCUUCUAUUCAUAAUGUAAAUAUAAUAGAUGUAGUGGCUAAAGUGUUAUAUAAAAAAUCUGUGCUGUAUAAAUUUUGAUUUUGUGGAUGCAAUAAAACCUUAAAGUCUACCUCCAAUUGGGUUAAUCUACCUCCAAUUGGGUUAAUAUUUUUAUAGUGAAUAACGGUAAUGAUGAAUGAAUUUCCAUAUGAAACAAAUAUUGUAAAUGUCAAAAUCUUAUUGAAAGUUUUAACAUUAUUGCCAACCAUAAAUUAUUUUUGCUAAAAGGAUUUUAUGGAAUAGGUUUUAUUGUAUUUGUUGUAAGUUUGAAUUUCACAAGCCUUUCACAUAUUACAAUAUAGUGAUGCUAUAUACAAAUUAUUUUUAUUUGAGAUUUUACAAGAUAGGGUUGGAACAUAGUAUUGCAAAUUGUUUCCAAUAAAUUUUUUUAAGGUAAUGUGCA